UUUAGCUCAUUCACAUUCACAAUACUCACAAAACACUUUCAUCCAUCGGACUUACAAGUCAACUAAAUUUUUAAAUUAAAAUACGAAAAUUCACAGCGAAAAAACACAUUUUGGUUUUCAAAUUCUUAACAGUUCUUAAACAUUUGCCAUAACACUCUACAACUCUUGAUUGCCAAGCAUGGAUCAUCAGCCAGCCGAUCCCGUUAAUAAUGAUUGGGAUUCCGUUAAUAGUUCAACCUCUAUUUCGGCCUCCAAAUCGGCAACCGAUUCGAAUUCAAAUACCAAUUGUACGCCAGUUGCCAGCAGUUCAACCGAAAUUGCUCGUCUGCAUCUUCGCCUGGGCAAUGAAGGAUCAGAGCGUCAUGUUAGCUUUCAUGUAGGCGUUAUCGAUAAUGAGGGCAUGAAUCGUCAUAAAUCGAAAUGCUGUUGCAUUUAUCGCAAACCCUAUGCAUUCGAUGAGAGCUCCUCAUCGUCCGAUGAUGAGACUGACCAUUGCUACGGUCAUCCCGAAGUGAAGAAAAUAAAUCGUUUCAUCAAGCACCAACGAUGCGCUGCUGGUUGUUCAUGUUGUGGUCAGAAGUAAAUUGAAAAACUAUUUCGUUUUUGUGUAGUACACACUGUUAACAUACAAAAAUAAACGAUUACACAGUCUACCAGCUCCAAA